UCUUGCAGCACUUUUCGAGCAUUUUUCAAUUUUUUUUGGCGUCUCGCGGCUGAGCUAAGUACGUCGUCUGGCUGAGUUUCGACUGGACUCUGUGUGCAAAAGCGGUGUUUGGUUUUUGAUUCUGUAGCAACGAAAAGAUGGGGAAGCCUGCGGCGCAAGAUGCCUUAACCCGGUCAACCUCAACCCGGUCAACGGUUGCAAUUUUCUACUCCGUCGGCUUCGUCAGCCUAUGCGCACUUUUCUAUCUUUUCCGCAGCGUGUUACCACCUCUCUCUUCCGCAAAAGGUUGCGAAGCUAUUGUGGAAGAGGGUUUUGUCCGAUUUCUAGUAGCCUCCAAGAUUCCGGAAGGACGCGAGAUGGCUGCCUACAAAUGCGCAGUGGAGUACAAGGCACAGCAUGAAGCCUACAUCUAUCUGGCUUACUGCACGUUGUACGUGACCAUGAUGGCGUUUGUGAUUCCAGGAACUGUGGUCCUCACGUUUUUAGCGGGAGCGUUGUUUUCGUUUUUGAAGGCGCAGGUGUUGCUAUGGACGAAUUUGAUCAAUUCUGGGAUAGGAAGGGUUAGUGGGUAUUUGAUGGCUUAUUCUUGACUUCAUCAUCUAGCACAGAAUGGAGUAGCGGCUGCGUCUGCAGCAAACAACUCAAUAUGUCUUGGAUCGUUGUAGCUAUCUCGGAUGAUAGACGAAAUACAAAUAUUGUCGUCGCGUCUUUUUAUCAGAAGAUUCUUCAUUUACUCAUAAAUAUCUUCCUCUCGAAUUAUCUGAGAGAAGAUAAAGUACAACAUCAAGUUUUUAGUCUAAGCUCCUCGUCUCGAAUCUGAGAGAUCAAGGGAUUACAACAAGUUUCUAAGUAGUAAAAAGAAGGUCCUUUUCUAAUCCAAGUAGCUUCCUGCGCAACCGUCGGUGCGACAGCCGGUUUCCUGAUUUCCAAGUACAUCGGAUCCGCUUUUCUGAAUUUUUUCAAUCUAGACGUCACGCCGAUACGGAACAAACUCUAUGGAGAGCAAAGUGGAGAGCAAAAAGUUGAGAACAAGAACAAGUCAGGUGGAAGUAUUUCUUCACCAAGGUUGAAGAAGAGCUCUACUUUGUCAAUGGCAAGUAGGAGAAAAAGCAGGAAUAAGAGUGUAGUUGGAUCACGAGGAAGUUCAUCUUCUUCAGUGGCCGCGAAGAAGAGCCCGAAGAGCGCUGUUCUUGAGCCGACUGCGACACCCACAUCUUCAAAGAGGACUUCAACUUCCAGGAGUACCCCGAGCUGCAGUGGCCCUCCAUCUUGGUUCAAAUUAAGGCUGUAUUUUAGUACAUUUUUGGACGUAUCAAUCCUUGAAACUGUAUUUUAGUACAUCUUGUUUGGACGUGGUAUCAAUCCUUGCAAUAACGUAUGGAGGAGUAUCCACCUAAGGGAAUAAUUCUCUCCUCCAUACUUAUUCUCAAGGAUGCUGCACUUGAAAGAUGAACUAUCUGAAAAGCUCUAAUCAAAGUGACCACGACCAUGACGCUGCUGCGAGUGACACCAUUCCCGAGUCUUCUGAUUAAUGUCGGAGCCCCGCACGUCGGAGUCCCAGUCUCGGUUUUUUUUGUCAGCACGUUAUUUGGCUUACUGCCACUCAAUACGAUUCAGAUUCUCAGUGGACGCGCCUUAGCUCAAGCAGGGGAGCUGGAUAAGGGCCCGAUCGCAGCACUGAUGUGCUGCGGGUCUGUGAUAUUUGCUCUUUUUUACUACUUCUCGAAGGAGAAGAAGAGCAGUGCUGGGGCACUUGCUGAAGAUGAGAAAGGGGAUGGUGGGCAGAAGGGAAGUUCAAAAAUGAAGAGGUGGAGCUAAUUUUUAGGGUCAUCGAGAUGUUGAUGAUUUCAGUUGCUGGCAGUUCAAACGGCAAUUUGUAACCAAGAUGUGGCGCAACGAAAAGAAUGCUGGAAUAAGAAUUAGAAAGCGCACGCUGCAGUGAAGGGAC